CCUAGUCUUGUCACUCCUGUGGUAAAAGAGCCAGUGUUCAGAGUAGUAUCUUCGAUACAAAGCUCACCUAGCUACGUAACUAGUGCCUAGCAGAAACCCUCACGAAAAUGGCACGGUGCUCGCGCGCUUGGCUCACACUGAUUCUUCUCGCUUGUGCCCUUGUGCAGAGCUCUUACGGCUCGAGACCAUCUCCAAUGGGGUUGCAGAAGCCCGGGGUCGUGUCUCCGACGAUGGUUCACGGCGCCGCUGAGCCACGCCCCCACGACGACGGGGCGACCAUAGUCCCGCCCUCCACGGAGGAGGGUGCGACCGGUCAUGGUGGUGUUGUAGCAACUUCGGCGCUGACGGGCGGUGGUGUUGUGUCGUCGGAGCAGAGGAAGGGUACAGACGUGCCGGUGCUGCAGCAGGCGCUGGGAAGGAUGCUGGGCUCGAAGAUGGCGCGCCGGGUCCUGGGAGGGGAGGCGGAGGACUCGGCGGCGGGGCCGUCGUGCCACUCCAACAACGCGCACAUCACCUGUGCCCCGCCGGCGCAGCACUGACCGGUGUGCUUCUUGCAGUGGUCUGGGAGCUAGCUAGUCCAGCUGAUUCGUUCAUCCCUUGUUGACGC